ACACACCGGAAAGAUGGUGACCGCCGGGCUAGAGAAGAAAGUAAAGGAUAAUUUCCUGACGUGCUCCAUCUGCUUGGAGAUGUACACAGACCCGUGUAUACUGAGGUGUGAUCACACAUUCUGUAGGAAAUGUGUCACCUCAUACAUCCAAACCAGACCUGAUGCUGUACAGUCCAAGACCAUCCCCUGUCCCUGCUGUCGACAAGACACCAAGGUCCCCAACCCCAGCAGGCCGGUGGAGGAGUGGGCGGGGCAGAUCAAAGCCAGCAUUGUGAUACAGGGGCUGAUUGACACCUAUAGGUCCGAGGUCGCUGUGCCAGAGACCUCGAGCACCUGUUGUACGAUCUGUCAGCAACUAGGGGAGACAACUCCAGGGGCCUUGUGGUGUGCUGAGUGUGAAGUGGCCCUCUGCGACAAAUGUGUGAAGACACACCGGGUGACCCCUAUUUUAUUGAACCAUGACCUAUGUGACCUGUCGUCUAGGUCAAAGGUCAAACGGAGGAUCAAGUGUACGGAACACAAGAGUAACCGUGUUGAGUUCCACUGUCAAGACUGUGGGAAGGCUGCCUGUCAGACAUGUUGUAUCAUCUACCACAGAGCUUGUAAGACUGUCGUCACCAUUGAGUCUAUGAAGCCAGGGAUGAAGGCAGCACUGAUGGAGAAGAGACUUGGCAUGGAGAAGAGACUGAAAGUGAGGUCGAAGAAAGUAGACAUACGAAACGAGAAGCUCCAAAGUAAUUCUAGAAUCACAGAGUCAGCUGUUCAAACUAUCAGGUUGAUCUGCCAGACAGCGAUUAACAAGAUUAAACAGAAAGAAUCACAACUGUUGGAUGAACUGAAUAACAUAUCACAGACAUACGCCGACCAACUCCGAGCUGAUGUGAAGCUGGAAGCGAUCGAGAUGCAGAUGUACAGACAACAUUGUGAGUUCAUUGACCAGGCCUUGGUAUCGGACUCUGAGAUGGACCUGUAUGACGACGCGUAUCAGGGUCCUGAGACCCUAGAUAAACUGCAGUUGGGGAAAAUUGACGUCACAUACCAGGGCACAUGUCUACUGUCUCCAGUGCUGGGUGACGCGAUAGAUGGGAGGGUGGAGGAUGAUGAGUUGAAGCAGAAGCAGGUGAUGGUUGCUGUCCCUGAAUCCCGCCAGAUUGUAACAGUAGAAGUGACCCCCGACCUGGUGCUGCUCUCAACCAUCCUAACUCGCAAUAGUUACGACAGUCUGGCUGUUCUGAACCUUUCAUCUCUGGCAGCAAGUGGCGAGGAUUUUGAUGGUUACAGCAUUGUUGAUAUCCUUGACAUGUCUGGACACGUGUUGAGGUCAAUCAGUAAAUACAAUGAUGUCUCACUGUUUGCCUACCCCUGGUACAUGUGUGUCAACAACAAGGGCAACAUACUCGUGUCUGACUGGGAACGUGAGUCUGUGACAUGUCUGACGCAAGAGGGAGAUGUUGUGUGGAUACACGCCCCUACCGGUGACAGUGCCAUUGGUUGCGCCUCUGGUAUCACAACUACCAGCACAGGAGACAUCCUACUUGUAGACAGCCGCACUGACAAGGUGAUACAGCUGACAGAGUCGGGGGAGUUUGUCAGGGAGCUUCUCACGUUAGAAGAUGGCGAUGAGACAGGCAUGUGCGAUAUAUUCUGUGAUAAAUACGGUUUCUUAUUUCUAUGCACAGAAACGGCAGUGAAAGAGUACGUGUUUGUCUGA